AUGGAAUAUAUACCAAUUCUAUUAUUUUCUGUAUAUAAUCCGAAAAUAAUUGGAAAAAUUCGAAAAAUCCGAAAUUAUAAUUUUCUCUUCUUUUUUCUUUUUAUGUUCAACCAAGACAAUUACCACUGGACACAAGAUGAUUACACCGCAGAAGGAAUAAAUUUACUUAAAGAACACUUAAAAAGCAAAGGAAUCACAUUCACAGAAGACCCAUCCACAAUAUAUUUAACACAAAGAAUGGGCAGGAAAUCCUACAGAUUGGAUAUUUCAGGUGUACUACAGAAAGACAGCACCAAAUUAUACAUAGUGGGGUAUACUGGCAUAUCAUCAGAUGAGGUAGAAGAAUCUCCACUUAAGGAAAUAUUCAUUACAUCAGUAAAAGAGGUCAUAGAAGGAUUACAAAAAAAACAGACAGAGACCAAAAAAGAAAUACACCAAAUAUCACAGGUAAACACAGACACGUCAAAGAGUAAACCAAUAGAGUCAGAGGAAUUAAAGAAGGAAAUAGAGUUUAAAGGACCAGUACAGCACAUAUCCAGUAUAUUAUUCAACAGAGACAUAGUUCCUGUUAUAUCCCCAGAGGUCUCUUUUGUAAGCUGUCCUGGGAAGGUUUUAGAAAUACUUCCAUCUGAAGUGAAAGAGGAUGGAGAAGGAUUAAAGAGAGAGUGCACGGUGCGCAUGGAAGGAAAGACAUUUACUUUACAGUUCAUUUUAAAGGAAAGAAUGCAGGGAAGUGUUCUAAGGAUAUGCGGUACAGUUCCCAUUGGAUUCUGUGACAAGUUUAUUUCGUAUUAUGAAAGCCUUGUGAUAGACCGCCUUAAAAGAGCCAAUUUAAUAGGAUAGAGCAGUGAGAUCCACAAGAAUAUGAUUUUUAUGAUUUUGAAGUAUUCCAGUA